CCUUUUGCAGGUGGCCAAGUCGGGCUGGGGCUCUGGAGGGCUCCCCAGGCCUUUGCUCCUGCGGUGCAAGCCGGCAGGCUCUGGGGAGUCUGCAGGCCCUCUGCUUUCUUUACACCCGCUUUGCAGGAAGGUGUGACUGGCACGGUUUGCUUCAAAGUGAGCGCUCAACAGACGCAGCAGCAUGGCCAGCGUGCUGUCCCGCCGCCUGGGCAAGCGGUCGCUCCUGGGAGCUCGGGUGCUGGGCCCCAUUGCCUCUGAGGGGCCCCUGGGGGCCGGGCCGCUCUUGGAGCCACAGGUGGAGCUGCCAGAAGGCACCGCACCCCAGCCUGUCCUCACCUGCAAGGACCCCCAGAGCCAGGAGCAGCCCCAGGAGCUCCUCCAGGCUCUGGGCUCCAAAGGCCGCCAGCAGGUGGCCUUUCAGCCAGGACAGAAGGUCUGCGUGUGGUAUGGGGGCCGGGAGUGCACGGGCCUGGUGGAGCAGCACAGCUGGACCGAGGACAAGGUGACUGUGUGGUUGUUGGACCAGAAGCUGCAGAUCUGCUGCAAGGCGGAGGAGGUGUGGCUGGCGGAGCUGCAAGGCGUGGUGCCCCAGGCGAUGUCCCCGGAGCACAGGGUGGCCCAGGCCCUGGCCUACAGACCGGUCUCCAGGAACAUCGAUGUCCCCAAGAGGAAGUCAGAUGCAGUGGAGAUGGACGAGAUGAUGGCGGCGAUGGUGCUGACUUCCCUGUCCUGCAGCCCAGUUGUGCAGAGCCCUCCAGGGGCCGAAGCUAACUUCUCCGCUUCCCGAGUGGUUUGCGCUGACCCCUGGAAGGAGAGUGGGGAUGUGUCUGACAGCGGCAGCAGCACCACCAGUGGCCACUGGAGUGGCAGCAGCGGCAUCUCCACGCCCUCGCCCCCGCACCCCCAGGCCAGCCCCAAGUAUUUGGGCGAUGCCUUUGGUUCUCCCCAAACUGACCACGGCUUUGAGACUGACUCUGACCCUUUCCCGUUGGAUGAACCUGCUCCACGCAAAAGGAAGAACUCCGUGAAAGUGGUGUACAAGUGCCUGUGGCCCAGCUGUGGCAAAGUUCUGCGCUCCAUUGUGGGCAUCAAGCGACACGUCAAAGCCCUGCACCUGGGGGACUCUGUGGACUCCGAUCAGUUCAAGCGGGAGGAGGAUUUCUACUACACAGAGGUGCAGAUGAAGGAGGACCCUGCUGUGGCUGCAGCUGGCCCUUCUGUCCUUCCGACUCCUGUUAUCGAGCCAGCCCCUGCCGCCCGGGUGACCAGCCCAUCCCUCGCUGCUGUCCCUCUGCCUCCGCCCAAGGCCCAGUGCUCUGGCCCUAAACACCCUGGCCUGGAGUCUUCCCUGCCCUCGGCUGUGCUCAGCAAGUCGGCGCCCAGCUCCUUUUGGCACAUUCAGGCCGACCAUGCGUACCAGGCUCUGCCGUCCCUCCAGAUCCCUGUGUCCCCCCACAUCUACACCAGCAUCAGCUGGGCUGCUGCCCCCGCCACUGCCUCACCCCUCUCCCCGGUCCGGAGCCGCUCACUCAGCUUCAGUGAGCCGCAGCAGCCGCCACCUGCCGUGAAAUCUCACCUGAUUGUCACCUCUCCACCCCGGGCCCAGAGCAGCACCAGGAAAGCCCGUGGCGAGGCCAAGAAAUGCCGCAAGGUGUAUGGCAUUGAACACCGGGACCAGUGGUGCACCGCUUGCCGGUGGAAGAAGGCGUGCCAGCGCUUCCUGGACUGAGCCGGACCCGGCCACCUGCCGCUCGGUGACAGCAGGGUCAGGGGGGCAGAAAGGCACCCGCCACAGCAGAGCCGGGCAGAUGCACGCGGAGGUGUGGAGUACCAGUCUAUUCAGCAAAGGUGUAACACUUAAAACACUUUUCCCCCUUGGGGGAACAUUUUAUUUUUUUAAAAAAAUGAAUUUUCUUCCCCCUGAAAUAGGAGCGAGCCAAAACUGACCAAGGGUAUUCUGCAGCGAACCAGAGACCAAAGAAUUCCUUCCCUUCCCUCUCCUGUCCCUGUCCCACCUCUCCUGGCUGGAGGGAUGAGUUUGUCUGUCUCAAAGAGGGGAUAGUAUUGCAUACGAGUCCUGUUUCCUGCUGAGCUGGCAAAUCCCUUGCUCUCUAAAUUUCCAGAAAGGAUUGUGAGCAAGAUGAAUUUCUU